CUUCCGCCGGGGAUCAGCGCGGCCUCUCCGCGCACACAGUGCGCCCGGGGCGCCGACCGGCUCGGGACCCUGCCGGGCUGGGCGCCAUGGUCCUUCCUGGGCCCCGGGCCCGCGGCCUGGUGGCAGCUGCCAGAGCCGCCCAGGGGCGCCGGCUUGAGGACAGCGAGCCUAGGUCCCCAAGUGCAGACCCAGCCAGCAGGCGCGCGGCGCUCUACGUGCACUGGCCAUACUGUGAGAAGCGCUGUAGCUAUUGCAACUUCAACAAGUACGUGGCGCGCGGCCGUGUGGAUGAGGCGGCACUGCGGCGCUGCUUGCUGACUGAAGCCCGCACGCUGCUUGGGCUCAGCGGAGUGCGCAGGGUGGAGUCUGUGUUCUUUGGCGGGGGCACCCCCAGCCUGGCCAGUCCCCACACUGUGGCAGCCCUGCUGGAGGCCGUGGUGCAGGCGGCCCACCUGCCUGCUGAUGUGGAAGUCACUUUGGAAGCGAAUCCCACUUCGGCCCCAGGCGCCAGGCUGGCGGAGUUUGGGGUGGCAGGAGUCAACAGAUUGUCUAUUGGCCUCCAGUCCCUGAACGACCAGGAGCUGCAGCUACUGGGCCGCACGCACUCGGCCCUGGACGCCCUGCGGACUCUGGCAGCCGCACGGCGCCUUUUUCCCGGCCGUGUGUCUGUGGACCUGAUGUUCGGGCUGCCCGGGCAGCAGCUGGGGCCGUGGCUCGUGCAGCUGCAGGAGCUGCUGCGCCACUGCGAUGACCACCUGUCCCUGUACCAGCUGUCCCUGGAGCGUGGCACAGCGCUCUUCGCCCAGGUGCAGCAAGGCGCCGUCCCCUGCCCCGACCCUGAGCUGGCGGCAGCGAUGUAUGCGGAGGGGCGCGCGCUGCUGCGGGCCGCCGGCUUCCGCCAGUACGAGGUCUCCAACUUCGCGCGCCACGGGGCGCUCAGCACCCACAAUUGGACCUACUGGCAGUGCGGUCAGUACCUUGGUGUGGGCCCUGGUGCUCACGGGCGAUUCGUGCCCCAUGGGGCCGGGGGCCACACCCGGGAGGCUCGAAUCCAAACCCUGGAGCCUGACAACUGGAUGAAGGAGGUGACACUGUUCGGUCACGGCACCCGGAAGCGCGUCCCCCUGGAUGAGUUGGAGCUGCUGGAGGAGGUUUUGGCCAUGGGGCUCCGCACCGAUGUGGGGAUCACGCAUCAGCACUGGCAGCAGUUUGAGCCCCAACUAAACCUGUGGGACGUGUUCGGAGCAAGUGAGGAGGUGAAGGGGCUACAGGAGCAGGGUCUGCUGCUGCUGGAUGACAGGGGCCUCCGGUGUUCCUGGGAGGGCCUGGCCGUGCUGGACUUCCUGUUGCUGACCCUUCUGCCCCGACUCCAAGAGGCCUGGCAGAAGCAGAGAAGCCCCCCACCGGUGCCAGGAGGAUGA